AUGGAGCGUGCGGUGCUUAACCGUAUGAAGGCUUGCCUGGAAGACAACGAGAUAUAUCCUCGGAACAUCAUUGGCUUUCGUCAGGGGUUGGCGACGCAAGACGCUAUGGAGCUAGUCAAAAGAAUUGGUCAAUGUCUCCAUGAUUACAUCCCUGACUUCCUGAGGGAAAGGCAGGCCUCGCAACGAGUCGGCUCCCAGCAGUUGGAGCCAUUCGUACUGAGCGACAGGGGCACCCCGCAGGGCGCGGUGAUAUCCCCUACCCUCUUCAACCUGACCAUGAUAGGAAUGUCCAGGCAACUGACUCGAAUCGAGAGCUUCCAACAUACCAUCUAUGCAGAUGACGUGACCAUGUGGGUGGCAAAGGGGAGCGAAGGACAAAUCGAGCACACUUUUCAAAAUGCGAUCCGAACCACUGAGGAGUAUCUCAAACCAGCAGGCCUGCAGUGCUCGUCGAGCAAGUCUGAGCUGCCGCUAUAUAGACCCAACAGACGAGAGCCCAAGCCCAAGGGAUGGGACACAGGUGCCGACCCAUGCAUCCGCCUGUACACCGUUGAAGGCAACACGAUGCCGGGGGUCGGUCGCAUCAAGAUGUUGGGCAUGACAAUAGAGGCGAAUGGCUCGAACACCAUUGCAGUCGCUAAGCUCACCACGAUGGCCGAGAACGCCACACGCCUACUGAGACGAGUGGCCAACCGGCAUCACGGGCUCAAGGAGGACAACCUCCUUAGACUGGCACAGGCCUUCGUAAUCAGUCACUUUGUGUACAUCGCGGCCAUGCACAAUUGGUCCAAAGUGGAAAGAGACAAGCUUGACACGUUCCUGCGUAACGUCGCUAAGAGAGCCAUGGGUCUACCCAUGCACACCAGCACACAGGCACUGGACGCAUCAGGAAUUUUCAACACGCUGAGCGAGAUUGCGGAGGCACAGGAAUGGGCACAGAUCACCAGCCUGUCCGGCACAUCUGCGGGCAGGUGGAUCCUACGAGAAACGGCGUGGCGCCUCGGGAGACCGAGUGUAACAGCCACGGGCUAA